GUUGUUGAAACGUUUAUUGAGUAGUACAUAAACUGCAUGUGAUCGUAUAUCGUCACAACAAGAGACAGAAGGGUUGGAGAAGGCUGUAUGAAGUAUAGGUAAUUCAAAAACCUGGGUGAACAGAUUAGUUUGAUUCAAGUAUUUUUAUAAAAAUAAAAUAAUCAAACUAAUUCUGUUGGCGAUCAUUAGAAUAAUUUUGCAUGAUGGAAUUUGAUGGGUCUAGUAACAGUUUUGAUUAUUUCUUAGAUAAUCUUAUGGAAAGUGAUAUUCUUGUUGAUGACGUGACCCUGGGUGUCAAAGGAGAGAGGGAAUACACAGAACUGUCGCCCAGUCAUUCAUCGGACAGCGGCUAUAGCGCAAUGAACAGUCCGUGCCACUCCGUGUCAAGCAUGGACGAUGGCCCCAUUUCUUUGCCAGAGACUUUGGGAGAGGGGAUGCCUCUUUUCCCAGACGCGUUGGAUGAAGAGAUCUCGGAAUACCUGUCUGGUAAAUCGCCUUGUGAAAAUUCGAAUGAUUCUGUGGACGUUGUUGCAAUAGCAGCUCAUGCACUGACCACACCCAUUUGUGACUUUGUCAGUUCUGACCAAGAAAAUUCCUCAGAUGGGGUCAUAACCCUCUCAGCCAUUUCUCCUUCAGAAGUAACACAGAGGGAAACGCGAAGCGCAAGAAUAGCAAAAUCUAAGACGGGUUUAGAAAAUGACCACAAGACAGUCAAAAUGCCAAAUAACAAAGAAAACUUGGCACAGGAAUCUAACUCAUCCAAACUGCCACCAAUUAAAGUAAUUAAGGUCAUAAAAACUCCAGCAUACAGCACACCAGAGGACACACAGGACCAAAUUUAUGAAGCUAUGGAGGAAAGAAAUCGCAAAAAUGCAAUCCAAGCAAAGCUUAACAGAGAAAAAAAGAAGACGUACAUAAAGAACUUGGAGAGCGAUGUAGAGCAGUUAAAAUCUGAGAACAAAACAUUGAAAGACAAUUGCAACAAACUACAGUUGUCGCACAAGGUGAUGGAGGAAGAAUUGGAUUACCUGAGAAGUGUGCUAGCGAAUCAGAGUGUUCUAUCAAAUCUACUAAAAAACAUCCCUAAUGUGAAAAACGUGAAACUCUCCUCUUCAUUUUCAAGGAAGAGGCAAUCCAUUGAUAAUGAUCAUGACUAUCCCGCAGCCAAGUCAAAGCGAUCAAAAUUAUCGUCAGCUGGAGUCUGUCUUCAUGUCCACCAGGAUAAGGUUUCUUUGGAAUUUUGUUCGAAGUGUUCAAGUACCGCUGCCUUGAAUGGAGAUGACGUGUGAAACCUUGUGAUUUGUGAAUGUGAAUAAUGCUAUAAUUUUACCAAAAGGGUCAGCUAGUCCCUUUCUCUGGUGGUAUAAUGUAUCGAGAGAUAAUUGGCUCAAAUCCAAGCAGCAUAAUGAGGUUUUGAAUUGUAACAAUUUUGAUGUUAAAUUUUAUUUUUGAAUUGCAUUUUGUAUUUCACCUAGCACUUGUUAUGCUUGGAAGGAUAUGGGCCAGUUAGUAUACAUUAGUAAAUGUUAGAAAGACAAAGAAAAACACAAGACAUGACUACAGGUUGAAUAGAGAACUUUGAAAGACAGAAAUUGCUUGUAAAAUUGUAAUUUUGUAUGGAAACAAUUAUUAAUGAUUUACAAGUAUCUUUACAGGACAGUUUGGAUUUGCACAUCCCAUCCAAUCUGAGAUCUGAGGCCACCAUCAUGCCAGCCCUCUUACCAGCUUUGAGAGAAUCAUCCUGAAAGAGUUGCGAGCCCCAAAAGAAAACCUUCAGUAAAGCCAGGGUAGUGUAAUGUAAAACAGGUAGUAAAUAAGUUCACAGGUAUGGUAUGGGUCAAUCAAAGAAGGGUCGAAGGGCAUUUGGGUAACAUGUGGGAUAUGACAUUAAAACAAUGAAUUUUAUUGACAGUACUACUAAAGUUUGUUUUAUCCGUAUUACUAGUAUGACUGUAAAUAAAUGAUUUGUAUGUAUGCAACCAGUAUGCUCUAUUGUUCAUUGAAUAAAUCAUGUUAAGGUU